CAACCCCCGCGAGCGCCCGGGACCCCGGCGGGGGGGCGGAGGCAACGUGUCUUCCCUGGGCCUGGCUAGGGCAGGAAUGCGCGAAGCUUCGCCCCGCCUCGCUCGCGCGCGCGACUCGAGCCAGAACCGAAACCGAAGCCCAAGUGGCUUCCUGCUUACGGGGCUUUGUUGCACUCGGUCUCACCCCUCCAACCCCUUCGAUCCCUCUGCAGCGCCCUGCACGUGCAGCUGUGCCCCAUCCCCUUUGGCCCGGAGGUGCGGGAGGUGGCGCGAGGCGCUGGACAUGCUCAACCAGGUGCUCCUGGAAGACAACAUCACCGCGGACACUGUUUCGUACAGCGCCGCGAUCUCGGCGUGCGAGAAGGGGCGCAGCUGGCCCUGGGCGCUCGUGUGCCUCGGCGACAUGCGGCGGAGGGGCGUCGGGCGCGACGUGAUCGUGUUCGGUGCCGCGAUGAGCGCCUGCGAAAAGGGCAGCCAGUGGCACCUCGCACUGUCGCUGCUGGACCAGAUGAGACUAGAACGCGUCGACAGCAAUGUCGUUGCCUGCAGCGCCGCGGUCAGCGCGUGCGAGAAGGCGCAGGAGUGGUCCAGGGCGCUUGAGCUCUUCGAGGAGAGGCUGCUGUCGGGCUCCAAGCUGGACGUGAUCUUCUGCAGCGCGGGGAUCUCGGCGUGCGAGAAAGGCUGCCUGGGCUUGCACCUCUGC